GUGGCAUGUAGUUAGUAGUUAGUAUUCGUUUUCGUUAUGCUUCUCCGUUUUUAGACUUUGUUUACGUAUUUUGUGUAAUUUAGGGUUAUUUCUGUUCGAACUGAACAAUAAUGCUUUAAUUUUCAUAGGAAAUUUGAAUUGUGAGUUACAUUGAUAAAUAAGCAUGUGUUUGGUAUGAUGCUUACAAUUUUCAGCAUUUCAGAUUGUUUUUAAGAAUUAGGCUGAGUGAAUCGUAAGGAGUUAUAAAGAAAUACAAUGAAAGAUUUGACCCAUUACUUCAAUUCACCCAAGGAUGAAGAUGUUUCAAAAUCUCAGUGUACAUCUCAAAAUUCUAAUACCAAUGAACCGGUUGAAAAUAAAGAACUACCAACUAAAAAAAGAAAGUUAAGUCUCUCCAAAAGUAAAGCCAAACGUGAGAAAAAUAAACCAGCUUUAAAAGAAUCCAGUUCUGACGUAUAUGAAACCAAAUCAGGUAAUAAUUUAAAAACUGACGUUAUUAAAGAUGAUAAUGCUGCUCCAGUGGAUAACAAAAAACGGAAACGCCAGCAAGAUCAUAACACAAGUUGUAAAAAAAUUAAAGUGUCUAAAUCAAUAAAACUGAGUAACAAGAAAUCUGAUUUAAAAUCUAGUUGUAAUGAUGUAGAAGAUCAUGGACAAAUUAAAGACACAUCCAAUAAGGAAAAGAAUAGUCUGGUUAAUGUUGAAGACAGAAGUCUAAUAGUUAAUAAACAUGACACUUGCAAUAGCAUACCCGUUGGUGAACUAGUUGUGCACACUAAGGGAAAAAAACGUUUAAAGAAAAAUUCUCUGACCAAAUCUGAUAUUGAAAUCACUUCCAAAGUGAAAGAAAAGGUUCAUGGAAAAGAUAGUUCUGAAAGCACAGUUGAACAGCCUUUAGACAGUGAGAAGAGUCCUGAUUCAUCUCGAAAGAGUCUAUUCAGUUACUUCAAUAGUACCAAUGGAAGUACAAGUAAAGUUGCAAAAUCCUCAAAACUGAGUAAUAGGAAAUGUGAUAUAAAUUUGGAUGGUAAGAGUGUGGAAAAUAAAGAUAAAAUUAAAGGCACACUUAAAAAAGUAAAAGGUAAUUUGAGUAAUGCUAAAGACAAAUAUCCAUUGGAUGAAGAGAUUGAGAAUGAUGAUAGCAAACCAUGUGAUGAACAAAUAUUACAGAGUAAAAAAAAGAAAUGCUUAAAAACCAAAUUGUUCUCAGAAUCUGAUAAUGAAACAUCUAUAAAACAAAAAGAAUCUGCAUGUCUUUCUAUUAGUGGUCUAGAGCAAUCUGUAAAUGAGAAAAGUCCCGAUUCAUCCCGAAACAGCUUGUUCAGUUACUUCAAUAAAGUUGAUAAAGAAACUGCUUUAAAACAGAAACCAGAAAAAAUUAAAGUGGAAGUUUUAGUCCAUUUACCUCCAAAUGAUGGGAAGAAGCCAAAUAGACGUAGUUUGGAUAAACUUCCCUUCACUAGUAAGUCAAAAAUGCGCAAAAAUAAAAUUAAACUUGAGAACAGUGAUGUUAUUGAAGUAGUUUGUUCAGAGGAAAUUGUGGACGAAAACAUUCCAGUCAAUAUUAAUGCACAAAUGUCUCCAAAAUUAGAAACGCAAGUUAAUACUGUUGUUAAAGAAAAUGAUCCUUCAAAAAUCAUACAAAGCAAUUUAGCCAGCAUAUUUGUUUCUAAAAAAGAUAAACAAAAUGUGCCUUUGAAGAAUGCAGAAAUUGAAGUCCCUGAUAUUAAAAGUUUGCCCAACAAUGAAAAAAGAAUAGUGGGAUCAGUUGAAAAACAUAGUCAGAAGAAAACAAAGUUACAAAACCAAAAAAUAAGUAACAACCUUGACAAAUCAAAUAAGAAUUGUCCUAGUUCCAAAGAAAAUGUCAAGGAUGUUUUAUCAAACGAUCCAAAAUUGAGUAAACCAUUAAAAAUAAAUAUUCCAAAGAAUAAGUCAGAAGAAAUUAAUACUAAAAAAUUGAAAAACCACAAAAUGUCUAGUGAUCUACAUGGUUUUGUAAAAAGUGCAUCUCAAACUCUAGUUGAAACUAAAUCAUCAAGUAAAGAAGUUUCUUCUGAAGUAAAGGAAGAAAUCAAUCUCAUAAGCCCUAAAUCAUCUAAUAAAAAAAGCCAAGAUUCAAGUUUAAGAACACCAACUAAAAAUGUUUCUGAUAACAGUACAAACGAUUUGAAAACUCCAAAGAAAAAAUCUUCUACUUUGAAUGGAUAUUUUACACCAAAAUCUAGAAACUCAAAUUGCAAAGAAAAAAGUUCUGAAGAAAAAUCCUAUAAAAAUCCAAAUUCAUCAUCUCCAUGGGUAAUGAAAGUCAGAAUAAGUCGUGCCAGCAAUCCAUUGUCAGACUCUGAAGAGGACUCUAAGGAUUCCAUCCAGGUCAUAGAACAGAAAAAAUUAAAUUCACAAAUUAAGUCAGAAACACAUGAAAAUGAUGAAGUGAUUGAGAAUGAUAACUCUUCAAUCGUUGUUAUUGAUGAUGGUGAUGGAGAUGAAGACGACGGUGACUCUUUGAAGAAUAGCCAAAAAAAUAACAAGAGAAAAACACUUCCAAGAAGUGCAAAACGACUUAAGCUUACUUCAUCAGAUGAAGAGAAGAAAGUUGAAUCUCCCAAACCCCCUGUGAAACUGUGGCCAUUUUUCCAGAAGGGUAAGGCUCGGCCACUCAAAGAGGCCCCUGUGGACGAGGCCAAAUUGAGGGCCAAAAUGCUGUUUUUGGAAAGUGGUGUUCCUGAAGUCAUCAAGCGUAAAGUAGAGAAUGUGAGAAAUGAGGCACUGGUUGGCCAGCCUGCUCCGUUCCCUACAGUGAGCCAUGUGACACAGAACAAUGCUUGGGAUGGUAUCAAUGUACCAAUGUGUCGUUUGCCACCCCCCUGCAGUGUUUCAACAUCUCUCCAGCCCCCCUCCCCAUCUGCCUCUUGGGACACUUUGAUAUCAAGAAUUGACCCAGAGGAACCAGAAAUUCCUGUCUUUCAACGGCCAGGAACAGGCGAUGUUAAAGCGUUUCUGGAACAAUUGAAGGAGGAGGAGCCAAAGACAGAAGUGAAAGCGUUGUUCAAGAAGCUGAAGGAGUACAAGAGUAAAGCGGAUUCGACAGUUUGGACAGAUGUUUAUAAACCGACUAAAGCUGCAGACAUGGUGGGAAACUCCGAGAGUAUCAAGAAACUGAAGACGUGGCUGGAGACACUGAAAAAUCGAAGAAGAAGAGAAGGCAGCGAGAGCAGUGGAGACGAGUUUGUGAAUGAUGACAGCGAUGGUGAGGGUAGUACAGUCAACAAUAUGGCUGUGCUCACCGGACCUUGUGGCUGCGGCAAGACCAGUGCAGUGUACGCCUUAGCCAACGAGCUGGAUUGUAAGGUGUUGGAGAUCAAUUCGUCAUGUAAUCGCUCCGGCAAACGGAUCCUAGCCGAGUUCUCCGAGUCUACCCAAUCCCACCAAGUGGAGAGAGCACAACCACUCAAUGGACUGUUUAACAACCAAAAGACGGUGAAAAUGAAAAAGAAGAAGAAAUCCAAAUUAUCGACUGAAGCCAAGACUGAAAAGACAUCUCUUAUUCUGGUUGAAGAUGCGGACCUGCUGUUUCCGGAGAUGGAUGAAGGGUUUGUGCCCGCGCUCGCCUCUCUGGCUGCCAACUCGAAGCGACCAUUGAUCCUCGUCACCAACUCCCAGCAGGCCCCCCACCUAGAGCGCUUCAACAACACCCAGUUGCUACAGCUCACCUUCUCCAGACCAAAGCCGGCCAAACUGGGAUUGUGGCUGCGGUUGGUCGGACUAGUAGAAGGUGUGAUGAUGACAGCGGAGCAAGCUUCCCAACUCGUUGAGUGGAGUGACUGUGAUGUCAGGCGUUGUCUGCUACAACUCCAACUGAUGGUGCAUUCCAACAACUCUGAGGUGAGAGAGAGCUUGACAGAGUCGCAGUUGUGGUGGCGGUGGCCAGCUCAGUACCAGCUGCAGUAUGAACUACCUACACUGUUAGAGCCGGAGGAGACGGUGUCGCCACCAAUUGCUGAUAAGAAAGAGCUCAUCAAGCAGCUACAAUCAGUUUCAAGUACCACGAGUCGACUGGCUGUACUAGAUGUUCUGUCUUCUCGCAGCAGGCUGAGACCCUGUAACACUGGAGAUGUAUGCCCAGUGGCGUGGCGCGGCCGCUGUGUGGAUAGCACGAGUGUAACUCCUCCUUGUGACCUGGCAGUAGACGCCACCACUUGUCAGCUGGUCGACUGGCUUGCUCAUGUUGCUGCGAGAGACUUGCCUUCAGAUAGCACACGAACAGGAAGAACUGUACAAGAGGCCAGGUGGUUGUCAGUACUGAGGCAGGGUGAGCAGAUGUUUAUGUCUGGAGUGGCAAUGACUCAGCACAGCAACCAUGAGUCGGUGACAUGUGACUACUUGCCGACCCUGCGUGAUCUCGGCCGCUUUGAACAGCUCAGACUGGCAAACUAUACCAGGCGCGCCAAUCGCUUCUUCAACUACCUGCAGGGAUUAGGCAUCCAUGCUGGAAAAUCCUAUAGAGACUUCAUGUGCGACGGUUUCUCAUGAUCCAGAACUCGUAGCUUUGUGAAUAGCCAGUUAAAUAAUGUAAAAUUAGAACUGUACAUAGAACAUAGGGGUUUAUUUUUUGUGUUGUGUAAUUUUGUUUGUAUACUUUUGUGUGAGAAUAAUUUUGUUUUAAUAUUUAUUCAGAAUAUAAGGAGUGUGUACCAAUGUUAAUUUAAAAAUGCUAAACGAUAUUAUUUUAGUACUUUAUUGUACCUUUAUGCUGUAUUAAUUUGAAAAAUUUAUCAAACUUGACAUACCCACAUAAAAGAUGGUAAUUUGUAGCCUAAUGGGUUUUAAUUCGUUGAUUGAUGUUUUUCUUUAACAUGUCUUUUAAGGCUAGCUCCUUUCGAUGUUACUCUGAUUGUUACCAGUAUCAACAUAUAUUUAAUUAAGAAAAUUAUUGCAAAAUUCAAAAAUUAUAAAUAUUAUAAUUUCUGCUGUUUGUAAAUAGUGAAGCUCAAAAUAAGUGAAUAUUUAAAUAUUAUAUGAGUUUUUGUGAAGAGUUAUUAUUUUGUACUAUAAAACAUAAAACAAAAUAUUUUGGUUUA